AUGGGGUGCUCCUUCUCGGGGCUGAACGCGCUGUACGAUGCGGUGAACGGGGGAGGCGAUGUAUGGAUCAACGAGAACCGGUUCAGGAUCCUGAGGCAGCUGGGGGAAGGCGGAUUCGCCUAUGUCUUCCUUGUGAAAGAAGUGAUUGCCGACGACGGAUCCCAGGGCGGAGCCGCGAGUGGGCUUGCCGCCAAGAAAUUGAAGAACCCAUCUCACGUGUCAGGUGCGUGCAUUGCUUGGAUCUUCCCUAGUGUUGCUCAUCUUUCAAUUCAGAGGAAACCAGGAGUGAGGAACGACAGUAGGCAUUUUGUCACUCGGUUGUUUGUGGAAAAUGUGCUGAGUUUUCUUUACUGUGGUAACAACUGCCUCUAGUAAUCUCCUUCGUGAAGUGGAUUUCGCCUAGUUUUCUCGGCACUUGAGGUUGUGACCGGGAUAUGGAAAGAUUGGUGGGUUUACGCAUCGAUUCUGAAUUUCGAUCCUUCCAUGUGCAUUGUUCGCGUUGGUACAGAUGAGGGGUUAUAUGCAAUGAAGAAGGUGCUGAUCCAAACGGAGGAGCAGCUGGAGUUGGUGAGGCAGGAGAUCCGCGUCUCAUCUCUGUUUAGUCAUCCCAAUCUACUUCCUCUUCUUGAUCAUGCAAUCAUCGGAGUUAAGGUAAUUCUGCUGGAUGUUCCGCAUUAUUUCAUGGGUUUCUUAGGCAAAUCUUCCCCCAGUCAGAUUUACAAAGUUUUCGCCCCUUUGCUAGCACUGUAACUAUAGGGAAAACUGUAUGGCUAGGUGAAUUGCAGAAAAGAUACACACCAUUUCCUCCUAAUCUGUUUGAAACUGGUCUUCAAGGUUUACGUGAAGGUCUCAUUUGCCACAUAUUAGAGCUGCCAUAAUCUUAUGCGAUAAGAAAACUAAAUCCUGAUUCAGCGUGAACUGUCCUUAUUUAUGUCAGCGUUGACCAAUUAGGGUAAUUUUUUAGCCCGGUCAGAACUGUAGUUUGGAUUCCUACAUUUAAAGGGACAUAUGGGGUGAUAUAUAUCCUGAUUCUCACCAGAUUACUUCACUUGAUGAAGCCACGCGAAAAAAUGCAUCUUCUAAGAUAAUCUACAUCCCCUAAAUCCUGACCUAAUUCGGGGAGCUAUGUUGCUGUAUGCGCGAAACUGCAGGUUAAUUUUCGCAGAAUGCCAUGUAAAGAGCUGUGUUCUUGGCUAGAAGCUUAGGUUAGUGAGUUUCGUUUUAAUUCCUAGUUGCAUGGAUUCAAAAUGUUACAAAGUAUCUGGAAUCUAGAAAAAAAACGGAGUGCCAUUGGGAACACUAAAGAGAGAGAAGUCAGACCAGAACGAGUAGAGUGAGAAGCCUGUCAACCAAUUCGAUGCUCUUCACGAGAUAAUCACAUGACAGCCAUUAAAUUCCAACAAACGAGGCAUUUAGCCUAUCAAAAUGGAUCAGUUAGUCCAAGGGCCCUUAUUCUCAGUAACAUUUUCUUACGUGGAUGAUUCAUUUUCUUGCAAAGGAAGAUAAUACUGUUUAAUUUACUUUUUGUUUAAAUCCUAUUAGUGAAUCUGGGAUUUAUUCUCUCUCUUGUUCUCAGUGCUAAUGGUAAUAAAUACCGACAGACCUUUACCAAAGCUAUUGUGGAUGGUGAACGCUGCAUAAUUCUUUAUCUAUGGAUCCUGUCAGAUCCAAACCAGGAAAACUGUGAACGAUCCCACAAGAACUGCAUUCAUUUUCCCAAUGAUAUGUUUGAUUGAUUUCUAUAUACAUAUAUAAAUGAAAAAUGAAAUAAAUUAAGAAUUUCAUGCAUAGAAUCCUUAAGGAUCUGCACCAGAUUCUUUCAUCUUAGACAUCAGGCAAGCUGGCAAUGAAAUCUACUGAAAUGUGAAAGGGUGAAGGUUUAUGUUUCGUCUUAAUACUUAUAGGGGGGACCAGAGAAGUCACGCAAUCACGAGGCAUAUCUCUUAUUUCCUGUUCAUUUGGAUGGCACCUUGCUGGACAGCACGAAAGCUAUGCAGUCAAAAAAGGAGUUUUUCCCCACACUCACCGUACUUCAGAUCUUCAGACAGGUGAGAUCUGAUCUGGUCUCUGCGUGCGUGUCUUGCUGUAACUUUUAUCUUUCUGCAGGGUAUCACGUCAUAAAAUUAAAAAACUCACAUAUUUUUUGAUGCCUGCCACAAUAUCUGUAUUACUUAUUUCCCCUCUUUAUAUUGUAUGCGACACAGGAGAUCUAGCAAACUUUUUUUUCAAUAAUUACUGAUCAUAAGGGUUGCUUGAUUUAUGUUUUAUCCUUUAUUUUGUGCUUUCGAGGUUAAUGUACUUCCAGUCAAUGCCGUCAGUAUCCCUAGGUACUUGAGCCGCAUGAUCCAUCAGAUUUGGGGGGAUAAAUGGUGUAUGAUCUUUGAUUUGAGGCAUUGUAAGGUUAUUCCCUUAAACCUCAAAUGGAUUAGAGGGUCCCUUAAAAUCUCAUCGAAAAUAUUAGUUUCGAUUCCUUCAAUUCCCCUAAAAUGAAGUGCUCAUCCCAAGAUACCAAUGCUUUGUGCUGGAAUAAGAAAUCUCGGGUUGGAACUUGCUAUUGUUUUGUGUUUAAACAGAAUUUCUUAGCACAACCCCUCAAGCACAAGCUGAGCUUCUAGGAUUUAUCUUGCGGGUAAUUUGAAUGAAUUAUGUUCAGCACAAGAUCAACCAUUGGCUCUAAUAGCAUGUUAGAGCUGCCGUGCCAUCCAACUGGAGACUCAUUGGCUAUGAGUAAAUUCAUUUAGGCCCAUCUUUAUGGUCAAGGUUUAUUUCAAGUACGGGGCUAUUCUUCACAACCACAUGGUCUCGGUUUAAUGAUAUUUGGCCGGUGAAACCAAUAAAACGAGAGUUAAACAGCCUCUUGAUCGACAUAUAUGCUGAGGUGGUAGGUGCUGAUCACACCCUCUGGCCUACAUCUGGAGUCAACAGUUACUAUCAUCGGAUGUAUUUCUGCUCGUCCGUGCAUAUUCAACCACUUUAAUGGGGGCAUUUGUUAAUUUCGAGUGGUGGAUUAGCGUAAUUUCACGAGUUUUAUGGAUAUGAACCCCCAAUGAAUGCAUUCUCUUGACAGCUCUGUGCAGGGCUGAAGCAUAUGCACAGUUUUGAUCCUCCUUAUGCUCAUAAUGACGUCAAACCCGGGAACAUCUUGGUCACCAAUCAAAAGGGACGGCCCCCUCUUGCCAUUUUGAUGGAUUUCGGAAGUGCUACACCCGCAAAGAAGGAGAUCCGAUCUCGUUCCGAGGCUUUGCAGCUGCAGGUAGUGAAAGAUUUUCUCGAAUCUACGCCAUAAAGAGUAUUAACUUUAGUUUUCAUGUUCUUUAUAUUGCUAACUUUUUCAUGUUUCGACCAAUUCUGUCUCCCUGGCGUCAUCAUGGCUCUCUAAAAGCUUAUGCUUGAAAAUAUGUUAUAUAAAGAUCAUGAAAUUCCUAUUUCUCGGAUAUGGUUUGAAUUUUUUUACUACCUUGGUGUCCAGGAAUGGGCGGCUGAACACUGUUCUGCCCCUUUUCGGGCCCCCGAGCUCUGGGAUUGCCCCAGCCACGCUGAUAUUGACGAGCGGACGGAUAUUUGGUCGCUUGGGUGCACUCUCUAUGCAACUAUGUGAGCAGGCCUUUCUCCCAUUGCUUUCUGGUUCACCUUUACAUUUAAUUGCACCACGAUCGCUACUUUCUUUCGUUGAUCCGAUUUAAAUCGCUCUCUCUCUCUCUCUCUCUCUCCCUCUCUCUAUCUUUCACCUCACGAUUAUCGAUCACUGUAAUGGAGCAUCCGGAAAUCUCUAGCUUCCGAUUCACCAUACAGCAAAUGGCUGAUUUUUGCCCGCCUCCAUGAAGGUACGGCGUGUCGCCCUUCGAGCAUGUCUUGGGCGAAUCCGGGGGGAGCUUGCAGCUGGCGGUGAUGAAUGCUCAGGUGAAGUGGCCCGCCGGCGGCCCCGACCCCCCUUAUCCGGAGCAGCUCCGCCAGUUUGUGGUGUGGCUGCUGCAGCCCCAGCCGACGGUGAGGCCUCGCAUCGACGACGUCAUUCUUCACGUUGACAAGCUUAUGGCCAAGUUCUCCUCUGAGUAG